CUUUGAAACAGUUUUCCUGUUUAGAGAAUGUGUUAGAGCAGACAGCAGCAUUAUAAAAGUCUCUGCAAAUAAAAGAAAACAACUAUGAGGCUCUGUGUGGCUGUUCUUCUGUUUCUCGGCCUGUAUGGACUGCCUGGUUUCAUCAGAGCAGAGACAGUUCAUAAGGCGACUGAAGGAGGAAACAUCACAGUUGAAUGUCAAUUUUAUCGAGCCACGCACACAAAGCUCUUCUGUAAAAAUAACUGUGACAAAGAAAAUAUUUUGGUUAAGACUUCAGGAUAUGAACAAUGUGAAGGAAGAUACUGCAUUCAAUAUAAGUACAAUGGUUUCUUGAGAGAUAUGUACGUGAGCAUCACCAAUGUGACCAGUGCCGACUCUGGACAUUACCAGUGUGUUCUGAGAAGAAACUUCUCUCUUCAUGGAAGCCAUACAUUUAGGAUUGACGUCACAAAAACUUUAAAUACAACUUAUACUUUUAAACCAGAAUCUCAAGUCACUGUGAAACCCACCACUGAUAUGGACCUGACUGUACAAACAGGUGACCAGACUUCACUCAUGUCUGUGACUACAACACAACAGUCCACAACAUCUUCUGAUCAUGAUCUGCAGACAAAUACAUCAGAGUCCUGGUUUCUGCUGCUGUUGACUCUGAUCCCUGUGGUCCUAAUCACACUGUGUGCGCUGGUCUUCUACAGAAAAAGGAAAGUACAAAAUGAUAAAGGAGCAAAGGAUGAGGUUGUAAUGUACGAGAACUGUCCAGCUCCCCCUUCAGAGCCUGAAGACUCCACUUAACAGAGUCUCAGUGCAGACACACGAGACCACACCCACAUCUACAGCUCCCUCAACCCACAGCCCCCACCCAGCAGCAACACCGCCCCCUGAUGAUCAAAGCCUCUGACUACACCCAAUCAUGUCAAAAGUGAUGCUGAAUAUGUCAUGAAUAUUUUUACAUGUACAUAUAUUUACAUUUUACAUAAUCGACUUACACAAUUACAAAAUACAAUUCCAGGUAUGUUUUGUCGAGGAGACAACAGAAUACAAUUUUUUUUAAUCU